AAUCACACUGGGAAUGUGCUGCUGCUGCUCCUCUGGCCUCCUAAAAUGGCUGAUAAAAGCAAUUGGGAACACAAUCCCUACAAUUCUAGUGGAUCUGAGGGGAGUCUGGGUAGCGCAGUUCCAGCAAUUAAUUCCGUUUACAGCUGGGAAUACAAACAAUCCAAUCACGUUGCAGUCCCCGAUAACAAGCCAUUUUUGGUGGUCGAGAGUGUUAAAUGUGCCACUUGUGAUGUGUGCCUACGCAGACCAAGCGUUUCCAAGGAAACAGAAACAGAUCCACCAGAAACUCCAGCAAAAACUCCAGCAAAAACCCCGCAAAAAACUCCAGCAAAAACUCCAGCAAAAAGCCCGCCAAAAACUCCACCACGAAAGGGUAAAAGCCAGGCCGGUAAGAUCUCAAACGGCAAAAAGAAUAAUCAAGUCAAGUCCAGGGGUUCCAGCACAGCGAAGAAUAACAAAGAACCAGAAGGAGAUUUGUUUAGAAACAAGGAUCAAGGGCGCAGUAAAUCGAGUGAAAAUUUCAAGUAUGAAACUAAACGCAACUCAGCGAAUAUACAAAAAUCAGAUGCGAGUCUUAAACCAAUUGAAAAUUGCGAGGAAAAGCGUUGCGUGUGCAACGAAGAAAGAUGCAAAACAAAGAAAAAACUCCAGGAUUCCCGGGAUGGGCGUUACACACGCGAAAUGAAAGAAGUCAACUCAACUGAAAGCUUCCAGGACUACAAGUAUGAGCCUUACACACGCCAAGCGGAAAAAGUGAACUCAACAAAAAGCUUCGAGAAUUACCAGUAUGAGCCUUACACACGCGAAGCGAAGGAAGUCAAACCAACUAAAAAUCGCCAGGAUGUGUGUUGUUGCCUAUACAAAAAGGAAGGAUUCAAAACAUCUGAAAAUUCCCAGGAGGAUAGCUACACACGCGAAAUGGAAGGAGUCAAACCAACAAAAAACACCCGAGAUUACCAGGAUGGGUGUUGCCCAUGCAAAAAAGAAAGAUUUAAAACAAAUCAAAAUUCGCAGGAGGAUCGCUGCUCACGCGAAAUGGAAGUAGUCAAACCAACUAAAAACUCCCAGGACUACCAGGAUGAUCGUUGCAUAUGCGAAUUAGAAGAAUUAAAACAAAAUAAAAACUACCAGUGUCAGCGUUACACACGCGAAAUGGAAGUAGCCAGGGAAGGACAACGGGCCCAGAGCAUGCUGCCCGAUGUAUCCCACUAUAUUAUGUUCUGCACAAGGACAGGCGGAAAGACAAACCAAUUCAUCAGUUGCAAAAGUGGCCAAGUCGGCCAGGGGAAUAGUCAAGUCAACGAUUGCCGCAAAUCAAAGGCUCCCGGAGAGAGCCGCAGACAAAGCCGGGAAAGAUUUGGUGCCUUAAAUAGAGAUACGUCAUGGGAUGAUAUUGAAGGAGAUGGCACUGCGAAGCUGGGCAAACAAUUAUCGGUUGCCAGUACCCAUUCAGGCACUGAGAUCUAUGAGCAAAAUGCUGCCAUAGGAAGAAAGCAUAUAGAUAAGUCGGGCAAAAGAACAAGCCAGGCAAGAGGGUCCUCUGUUAGUUCCGUUGCGAGUCAAAGCUUCGACCGGGAGCGUCCCUCAACUGCUGGCAAAAGAAGACCGAGCGAAGCCGCCGCCUCCAGAAAAUGUCCAAUGUGCAGGGGUCCGAAAAAGGAAUUAUGUACAAAGCACAACACGAAGUCCCGCAAGUGCCAUGAAUGUUUGCCCAGCGCCAACAUAUGUGACGGGCCAGCAGAUGGGACCAGCCAGGCGCCUUCUAGGUUGGGCAGUCAGAUAUUCGACGAAUGUCCAUUUGAGCGCACAGCUGAGUGUAAAAUCCGGCAAGGAAAUAAUUCAGAAAUGCAAUCCUGCUGUGUAUGUGUCGAACGGGAAAGCAAACGGCAAAGGGCAUGCCAUUCCGGGAGAGACAUUGAAACACACAAUUACAGGAGAGCGAGUGAAUCACACAAUUCCCGAAGACCGAGUGAAUCACACCAUUCAAGGAGACCGAGUGAAUCACACAAUUCCCGAAGACCGAGUGAAUCACACAAUUCCAGAAGACCGAGUGAGACUUGCAGAGCAGAUGGUUAUCGGUCCAGAUCGGACCGGACCGGAUGCACAAGGCAAUCAAGCAGCCCCCCCAAGAACUCCAGGAGAAACCACAGCUACUCCGAGAUACAUAGGGAAAGUUACGGACGGAAUAGUAGCGCCAGCAACACUGAUAUAAAGGCACGGCCUGAUGGCUGCCGUGACCCCAAAUGCAAGCGAAGGUGUAUCAGAUGUGCGGAUGCCUCCACUAUGACCCCAAGCAGGAUCAGUUUGCGCAGUUCAGCAACGAACCUCUGUGGCAUUUGUGCAAAGGGAAAAGUGUGUGAUCCCAAAUGCACGCUGGGUACUCAAACAUCGCGUCCAUUGAUGGACUUUCAAUCCCCCAAUAUAAAAGAAACGCAGACAAAAAAACGCAAGAAAGUUGUACGCAGUCCUAGGAGAAAAUCGGGCACCCAGUACAUUUGUUGUCGCUGCAUUCCAGAGAUUAUUGAGACAUUAAACCGGGACAGCACCCCACAGAGUCGUGCGAAGACAGCUCCUCCGAGUCGUUCGAUGACAGAUCCUCAAAGUCGUCGUAUGACAGCUCCUCCGAGUCGUCCGAUGACAGCUCCUCAAAGUCGUCCGAUGACAGCUCCUCACAGCCGAUCGUCAAGUGUUAUGAAGAUGUCCCAGUGCCCCACGAACUUCCGCAAGUGCAAUGAAUGUGAGCCCAGCGCCAACACAUGGGGCGGGCCAGCAGAUGGGACUGCCGAUGGCCAGGCGCAUUCUAGGUGGGGCAGUCAGAUAUUCGGCGAAAACAUAUGUCCAAAUGAGCGCACAGAUUUUCCGAGUCUUCAUCAUGGACUCCACUCGUCCGAGGCUCUGCCGAGAUUAUCUUUGAGCAGAGAUAAGCUGACUUAUGUUGAAAGCAAGGAUAAAACGAAUGUGGCAACGAUCAAUGACAAUCUGCAAAAGGCUGUGAUUGUGUGUGCCUGCGAUUCGAGUAAUUUGGAUCGGACACUGCGCGAACUCCUGCCCAAUGAGGAGAGCGGGUGUCCGAUGCGCAGGAAAUGUUGCAAGAAGAAGCGCCACAAAUACGAUCGCUUUUCCAGUCCGCCCCCCUUUGUGCUGAACCCCAUGCCGAGAGCGGCCAACUAUGUCAACACCUGCUGCUAUCCGGUGGACAAGAGAUGCUACUCCGCCAGCUGCGGUCCUAAUUGGUGUGGUCAUUGCUGCUGGUAGAACAAAAUAAACCCAGUCGCUGGCCCACAUACAGCUUUUCAACAGGCUGUUGCUUUGGUUUGCUUUUCUCGAGCUGUCUACACAAAAUAGCUACCAGCUCUACCUCAACUGGGAUGUGCUGCUCCACUGUGCCUCAACAAUGAAUGAUUUUAAAAGGAAACGGCGUACGGCCAAGCAGUUGCUGCUGCGACGCGCGCUGAGCCGUAAUAAACAUGACUCCGAAACAAGCAAGCCGGCGGCUCUCUUAUCGAAGAGCGGCAUUACGGUGCUGCCGUCGCUGUCGCGGGAUCCCAAACUGGUGAGGGCCAUGCAGCGGACCCUGUCACGAUCGAGUCGCGAGAGAUCGGACAGAAGGCUCAAAACACAAACAAGACCGAAAAUCCUAAAGAACUCGACAGCGUAUCCAAUGCUGAACAAUGAUUCACGUUCCUGGAAGAAAGUGAAAACUUAUGAUGGUCCACGUAGCAAGCACUUGUUGGAGGGUAAGUCCGGCGCUAGUUUGGGCGCUGCAGCUUCACGGGGUAGCAGUCGAUCCCGAUACAGCUCCUCUGCUUAUCCAUCCACUUGGGCUAUGGAUGUGCGCAUGCAAGAGGAGAAAGCCCAUGAGACGAGCAACAGCCUGGAGGAGGUGUACAACUGUACACCGCUCAAUCGCACGCCCUACGAUCAUCAGCUCAGCAGGCCCCUCAAGUCCGACCAGUCCGUUCUGUGUUCCAUGAAGACCGCUGCCAGACGCUUGGGCCAGAGGCGGAAAAAACAGACACAGCCAAAGCCGAAAUCAGCACAGGCACAGCCACGCUCAAUGUGCGUGGCUCAGACUCAGACGUUGCCCAAACAAUCUGCAAAGGGCGAACCCCAGUUGCACCAGUAUAAGCCACCGAAAAAGUCCUACAAGCCAAUGUUUACAUCCGUGGUUGAGGAAAAGUUUCUUGGGAGCAGCAGGAGUUCAUCCGAAACGAGUGAGAUUAGUUUUAGAAAACGAAAAACCAGGCACAGAGUAUCCAGUGGCGAGGAUGUGAAACGUUCGAAAGCGAAACCAACAGCCAGGAGAAACCAAAUUCAAGUAGCCAAGAAGCGCGAUCUAACCGACUAUGGGGGCUAUACACCAUCGGAUGUGAGUCUCUCACAAGUUCCGAUCAAGCAAAUGUCCAAUACGGGGCUACCCCGUGGCACUGGCGGCCACAGGAAUGAAGACAGCCCCUAUACAAUGAGAUUGCCCACUGAAAAGGAAAUACAGAACUACAAAGACGAGGCUGCUUCCGAAGAUUGUAUGACCUGUUCUGUACGAGGGCGCAUGCCAAAUCGUUAUGCCGAAACCUCCUCCGCUAACAGUUAUCCUUCGGGACAUUGCAUCUGCGAAAGUGUGGACGGGAAAAGACAAAAUCCAUCGCUGUCCAGAAGGGGAUCACGUGCCACCACAACCGAUGCCAGCAGCAGCAGCAGCAGAAUGAGUCGACAGUCCCGGGGACGCAGCCGUAGGCCAAUGACGCGUCGAGCAUCUCGAUCGAGCAUAAGCAACGAGCCAAGAAGCUCGCACAGGCGAACGAGAGACAGACCAAACCGAGAGAGUAGACGGAGUAGGAACUCGUUCAGCACGGAUUCAAGGCGCAGCUCAAUUGGGAAUCGCAAGGAACAUGCUAAAAGCCAGCGGAAAAGUCACGCAAGCCAUGAAACGUCACGCAUAGCCAGUGAUCAGGGGCAUGCAAAAUCCAGAGGCAAGAGCAGUGCCAGUAGAAGAAACAGCCAGCAGCGGGACAAGGGCAACUCCAAGCGACGUGGCAGCGGCAUGGAAAAGAUCAGACGGAGAAGCAGCGUGGAAGUUAUUCCCGUGGAAAUUGGUGCGGAAAAUCUACGCAAGAGUAUGCAAUCCCUUCAUCAAUCUUCCAGGCACCAGCGAACAGAUCUAUGCAAAGAUCCGAACUGCAAACGAAAGUGUCGAAAAUGUGCGGAGGCCUCCACACUGACCUCUGAGCAUCUGUUGGGCGCUGCGGCUACUGGUUUGAGCUCGACGCGUGGCGGCAGUCUGAGCAAUGUGAACACUCCCCGCUAUCCAACCAACAGCUGUGGCAUUUGUCCAGUGACCAAAACCUGUGAUCCCAAAUGCGCCGAGGCAUCAGCUCAAACAUCCCAGCACAUGAUGAUGCGACCAAGUCAUAGUCGUGCUUCUAUGGAUAUUCCAAGAGCAAGCAAUCAUUUGGUGGAGGCUCAGAGAUCUCGAUUGAGUCGGCGUCCAAGUGAGCAAAGACUGUCUCAGGAUCCCCAGAGUCCGGGCUGGUCCAAUUUUCAAAGUCGUAGAACGUCUGCAGCCAACGGAUCGACAAUAUCACAGCAGGGGCCAUCCUGUUAUACUUGUCCCCACGCCAUUUGUCCGUUGAAAUGUUUGGAGGCAUGCACUCAAACAUGCUCUUUCAAUGCCAGGAGAUCAACUACGACAAGAGAGGAUUCUUCAGGGAUCGAUGAGUGCGAUGUGGGCCGUAUUAUUGAGAUACUACAAACGGCUUUGGCGGGUCUGGAAAUGGAGAAGAGAGCGCGUGUGCGCGGCUCAACAAAUCGUAUAUUCGAAGGGGGUCAAUCGCGUGUAAGUCAAAGCCAUGGCAUCAGCGGUUCCAAUGCGGAUAACGUCUAUGAGAGCGAGGCCACCGAUGGCACGUACUCAAGGCCAUUCGAUCCCUAUCAGCAUACAAUGUGCUAUUGCCCCCAUGACAUGUACAUGGGCGCCUCAAAUUUGAUGGGACAAACGAUGCCCUUUUUAAAUGUCGACUCCCUGCAUCCAGCCACCAAACGAAUUCUGCACUAUGUCAAUAAAAUAACUGGCAAGGCACCCGAAGAGAGGCGAACAAAACCAGAGAAGCAGAGCGGCAGCUCGGAGAAAUUUGUUGAACUAAUGGGCCAGAGCAGAGAUGAGAAAGAAGCGCCUCAUUCAAGCACCUCAAAAACUUCCUACCUCCGGUACAAUGAGGAUCACAGUGAUGGCCCGGAUAACACACCCGUAUAUCGCAAAAAUCGCACAAAUUCGCCAUUGAAAUCUCAUUAUGGAACAAAACAACGCUUCACCGCGCCGCAUUUGGCGAGUAAAUUUCGCGAAACCAGAGGCCGAUCAAAGGUUCGGGAAUUAGUUGGAUCAUACUGUCCCGUAUUCGGCAUCAAGUCCCAGAAGCGCUCAAACAUUUUUCUAUCGCCAAACCCCUGCUCCAAGUAUGUGCCAAUCAGACACGAACAAGACUCCAACUAUAAAAAAUACCUGCUUUCCAAAGGGAGAACAGAGAACUGUCAUUCAGAGGGAGAACGCCGAGGGCGGAGGUGCUGUCAAACAAAGAACAAUCUGUCAGAGGGAGAACGCCGAGGGCAGAACAAUCUGUCAGAGGGAGAACUGCGAGCGCGAGCUCGCUUUCCAGCAGAGAACAUUCUGUCAGAGGAAGAACUGAGAGGAGAAACUCGCUUUCCAGAGGAGAUUACUCGUAGCAGAGACUCCGACCGAUCAACAGACACUUAUACCAGAGAUGCUGACGUAAAGUCAAAAAGGCGGCGAAGAGAGACCAAAAAGCGUCGGAGCACAGGAAAUGCCUCUGUCACAAUGUCGUUUCUGAACGCCUAUGAAGCGCGAAUAUUCAAGGACUUUGAGAAAUAUAAAGAGACCAAAACAGCUGAAGCAGCCGCUCCUGCGGAGGAACCCGAACAAGAUGACCUGGUCGCUGCUACAGCCGGCGAGUCGAUUUGCCAGCAAGAGCCUGUAUGCCCUAUAUACCUGCAAUGUCAACAAGAGGAACAAAUAGCCAUAGCCACUGCUGCUCCCAAAAAAUGCCUACAAGAUCCCAUAUGCAAACACUGCCAGCUAAUGCAAAAGGAAAGAGAAAAACGUCGACUACAAAAUGAAAAGAACGAAAUGCAAACGCAAAAGAAAUCCUCAAUGUUCAGUGUGAACGAAAAGAAACAACCCCAAUCAAAGAAGGGUCCCUCAAAAUCUAGCAUUCAGACAAAGAAUCAAUCCAAGGAACCGAAAAUUUCCGGCGAGAAUCAGCCUAAAGAGAAAAAACCAUCCAAAUCCAAAGGUAUUUUCAGUUGGUGUUUGAAGAAGGACAAAAAUCGAAGCGAAGAAAAGCUGAAGCUGGAAGAUGGAAAGCUCAAGGAAAACGUGGAAAAGCAAAAUAGCCAACAAAACGAGGGAACAAUAAAGGAAAGUCAGAGCCAAGUCGUGAAAUCCAAUUCUUCAAUAUUGUUGAAGAAAUCUCCCUCGUCUCAAACAUACGAGUAUGAACGGAUUCCGGAAGAACAGUCGCCACCCACAAGCCAACCGAUACCAGAUAAGAAAGUGAUAGAGCCCGAGGCCAAAACACAUGAAAACACUACUGGUAAUAUACUCAAACUGGCAGCUAAUUUCUAUAACAAUGAAUGUCCCCGCUUUGAUGCCCGGAACGAUGUUCGGGUGCUCUACGAUUCUAGUGCUCGUUUUGCCAGGGACACAUACAGUGUGCGGGUGCUGCCAGACCCACCAAUACCUGCUAAGCCGCGAUUUGGAGACUAUUCCACAUCUUCCUGCAGUUCAAUCGUUGGCCAGUGCUAUGGGGGGCAGCAGCAGCAGCAGGAGGAGUACAAAAUGCCCCAAAAAAAUGUCAGCACAAAUGCAUUUUAUUCAAUGUUCCAGCAGCAGAAUCCCUUUCUCAAGAAGCGUAACUGUGAUUGUGAAUUUCAACGAAAGUGGGACAUUUUCUGAAUAAAUUCACAAUCAUAUUUACUUAAAAUUCGCACUAACCAAAUUUUAAUUUCAAAAUUUCAGUCAAAAUAAACUGCAAAUGCAAAAAAAAAUGAUUUUCUUUCUACACUACAUUUAGACAGGUGCCUCCGUGAGAAUUUCAUCCCU